AUGAUAGAAAAUGACAGUGAUAAUGAUCUUGGUGGUCACUCUACAUCUAUUAAACAUCACAAUCAUGUAAAUUUAUCAUGGGGAAAAGCAAUGUCAUUCGAUGUAGAGAUUAAAGAUUUAAAUGUAAAUGUAAAGGUACCGCAAUGGAAGAUACCGGUACCAUUCAUCACUCCGAUGAAUGAGCUCAAUAUUCUCAAGGAUCUCUCGAAUAUCAAGGUGCCAGCAGGCAGUUUCUGUGCGAUUCUCGGAACUAGUGGUAGUGGAAAGACGACGCUGCUCAACACCCUCGCUGGAAGAUGUGAAGAGAUGGAUAUUUCCGGUCAGAUUUUAUUCAAUGGACACGCAGUGACUCCGAUCGAAGCGAAAAAGUCGGUCGGUUACGUCAUGCAAUCCGAUCACCUCUUGCCAAAUCUGACGGUUCGUGAGACUCUCCGAUACAGUGGAAUGCUCCGACUGCCCGGCACGCUAUCGAAGGAGCGCAAACUCGAGAUUGUCGAAGAGCUAAUCGGAGAGUUGGCACUGCGUGAUUGUGCAGACCGGCUGGUCGGUGGACAUGGCAAGCGUGGAAUCUCCGGUGGUGAGAUGCGUCGUGUCUCCAUUGGAGUGCAGAUGCUUUCGAAUCCCGGUGUCUUGUUUCUCGAUGAGCCAACGAGUGGACUCGACAGCUUCACUGCACACAACCUCAUACAAACACUUCUUUCACUCUCCAGACAAAACAAAACAAUCAUCUGUACUAUUCAUCAGCCGCGUGCCGACAUCUUCCAACUCUUUGACUAUGUACUAUUACUCUCGAAAGGAAAUGUAGUUUAUUUUGGACCAACAAGAGCGAUUGUUGAUCAUUUCGCAUCGCUUGGUCAUGAAUGUCCAUUCGAUGUUAAUCCAUCCGAUUUCUUCCUUGAUUUAAUUACUAUAAAUUAUCAAACCGAUAAAUUGGAGAAUGAAUCGAAAGCAAGAUUGGGUGAUUUGAUUACUGGAUUCCAAACUUCACCGAUCUAUCAGGCCAAUGUAACGGAAUCGACGCAGUCCUAUCAGAACGACACAAGAAAGUUUGAGAUCGAAAUUAGAAAUACGAAUUAUUGGUUACAAACAUGGCUGUUGUAUCACCGCUCGAUGGUGAAUAUGGUGCGUGACAAGAGUGUAGUGACUGCGCGUCUUGUUGAAACCGUAUUGAUCGCACUGAUAUGUGGUGGAAUCUUCUAUAAGCUGGGUGAGGAUCAAUCCGGUAUAAAGUCACGUGUCUCUGCUUUCUAUGUGGUGGUUAUUCUCCAGCCAUACCUCAUUAUCAUUGCCAAUAUUCUCCAGUACUCUGAGGAGCUGUUGGUUUACGAUCGUGAGUACUACGACGGCAUGUACAUGACUUUUCCCUAUUGGUUGGCAACGAAAGCUGCUUCCUUGCCAUUCGAAGUGAUCACCGCUUUUAUUUUCUCAUCGAUCUUCUACUGGAUGGCCGAUCUCCGACAAUCGGCUGGUCACUUUUUCAUUUUCUUUGUCUUUAUGAUGUUGGCUCAAUAUUGUUCCGCUUCACUCGGAUUCAUGUCAGCCUCGAUUCUACGAUCGUUUGCGGCAUCCUCGCUAAUGGCAAAUCUACUCAUGACGUUCUGGGCCAUUACCACUGGAUUCAUUAUCAAUCCAGCGACAUUCCCUAUCUAUAUGACAUGGGUGGGUUACACCUCGCUCUACCAGUACAGCUAUGGUGGACUGGCAGCCAACGAAUUCAAAGGUAACAGCUAUCCAUGUCCCUAUCCACCUGGCACUCCAGAGUGUUCACUUUUCAAUGGUAACGAUAUUCUCGAUCGUUUAGAACUUAAAGUCAACAACAUAGGAGUCAACGGUGCAGUACUAGUGGCAAUUUCAACCAUUUUCAAUUUAUUGUCAUUGUUGGCGCUGAGAUUCAUCACUCACAAGCCAAAGUAA